AAUUACUAGUUUAUUACAAUCAACAUUAGUUAAUCCUAUUCGAUCAGAAAAUUCUCAUGAAUCAAAAGAAAAAACUAAACAAACAUCAAAAAUUCAUCAAGUAACACCACGUAUGUCAAUUGUUAAUGAAAAAAAUAAACAUACAUUACCAAUUAUUAAUUCUUCAACAAUACAUUCUAUCUCAACAAAUAAAACAGAUACAGUUGCUAAUGUUAAUAAACAAGUUUUUCAACCACAAAUGUCAUUAGUUGAUGCUUAUUUAGUAUCAUCAACUGGUUUUGAUUUAGAAAUUGAACAAAAUAAAACAACUAAGACAAGUGAAUUAUUUACAGAAAAUGAACAAUCAACACAACCACAACAACAACAAUCUACAGAAACAAUAAUAACUACUACCAAUCCACUGAGUAGUUCACUUCGUAGUGAUCGUAUUUCAAUGCUUGAUGUUGAUUCUUAUAUACCUUUACCAGAUCAUCCGACUAAUAGAUCGAUUAGUCCAAUAAAAUCUCGUAUUGAUCUUGAAAUUCAUCAAUCAACAAUUAAAUCUUAUGAACGUUAUGCAAGUGCAUCAACACGAUCAACAGCUAUUGAUUGUUUACGAGAAGCUACUUUUUUUAAAAAAAAACCAUGGAUAAAAAAAGUUGAAAUAAGUAAAGAAAUGGUUAAACAUAAAGUUCAACAACGUCUUCGUCGUGCUACAAAUGACAUAAAUAAAAAACCAAUAAUAUCACCGCUUCGUACUACUGUUUCAAAUUCAUCACAUAAAUCAGAUACAAUUAAAGUUAAUUAA